GACACUGCCUGACGUAAACAAGAGGAAAAGUCGCGCGAAAAGCGAUGGUGGCCGCUCCCAGCAUGGAUUCUAUGUAUUUAGACAACCUAGAGGAAUUUGUGUUCGAUGAGGGGAAGAUAGUUACCUACAAGUGGCUGAGUUUGACUCUUGGAGUUCAAAGCAAUGUUGCUAAGCAAAUGCUCUACCACUUUGUCACAAAUCAACGGAAUUCAGACAAAGGUGACAAUCUUAAUGUCACAUAUUUUGUGUCUGGACUAGAGGCAGGGAAAGAUGGUCUCCCUGAUAUGCACAAAAUUAUGUUGGUGAGGGAGGAGAAUUUGGCAAGUGCAAAGUCCAAAUUAAAAGAUGUGAUGUCAGUACAUGUCUACAGUGUGCAAAAGACCAAGCUGCCUGACAUGAGUGUUCUUUAUACUGCAAAUUAUGAUAAAGUCAAAGAAAAUGUUUUGAGUAUUAACAAGUAUAGUGGUAUUGAGUGUACCGCAGCAAAAAUCAGAUCAUCAGCAGAUUUGGAAAACUUACAAAAACAGAAUGCUUAUCAGGCACCUCCAGAGCCAGCCAAAAUACCGAGUAAGUACAAACCAAACCAGACCAAGACAUCCCCAAAGAAGGAAUCACAGGGUGAGAACAAACAGACGGGUGUAAACAAAGCACCUGGCAAGGGGAAUCAGAUUGCGUCCAUGUUUGCCCGCCAGACAAAGGUCAAAGAAGAAAAACAGGAAGGAACAAAAGAGGUUGAGAACAAAUCUGAAAAAGACACAGCAAAAACUACCCCAUCUUCUGGUAGCAAGAAGAAGGGUGGAAUAUCAUCUUUCUUCAGCAAGGCACCUCCAGCCACAAAGAAGACAGAAUCUCCCAAAUCAUCUGAUACAUCUCCCACAGACUCUGAAUCCCCAUCAGUAAAGUCUGAGGUAGUAUCACCAGUCAAGACAGAGUCUACUGUUUCUUCUCCAAUUAAGACUGAAUCUCAAGACUCUGUCAAAGAUGAAGAGUCUGAAAGGAUGGAUGUUGACUCCCCUCCAAAAAAGACUGCAAAGAAGUUGCAGUCAAAGUUAAAAACAACAAAGCCUUCACAGAAAAGAGGGAAAACCAAAAGCACAGAAGACAGUGAAGAACCUGUACCAAAGAGAAAGAGAAUAAUGCAGUUGAGUGAUUCAGAAUCCAGUUGUGAUGAAGAAAAUGAGGGUGAGGAAGAAAACCCAUUCCCUCCAAGCCCACCCCCAGAACCUACACGCAUUGAGUCUGACUCUGAGGAAGAUAUUCCGCCCACACCGCAGCCCGAAUCCAAAGUGGAUCUGAUGAAGAGUGAAACACGAGGAAAGAAGAAGAAGCUUGUUGAUAAAACCUUCAUGGAUGAGGAUGGCUUCUUUGUCACCAAGAAGGAGUAUGAAUAUGUAAGUGACUCAGGAGGAGAAGAUCCCUUGCCUGUAAAGGAAAUUGUCUCGUCACAAAAGCAAGCGACUCCCCCUCAGUCUUCAAAGAAUGCAUCGCCGAAGAAAGAAGAGAGCAAAACUCGGGCAUCACCUGUCAAGAAGAAGCAAGCCAAUAUCAUGAAUUUUUUCAAAAAGAAGUAGCAGAAAGGCUAUAAAUUAGGGUUAUAAGAGAGGGUAAAGGGUAGUAAGAGUUAACUUUCAGCCUUUCUUCUUUUGUUUUUGAAGAGAUUUUAUUUGAAAGCAGUUUAGGGCUGGUUCAAAAGAUAAGGAAAUUAGAAUACAUUUGUAAGUAAAUAAAAAUAACAACUAUA